AUGGUUGCCAAGAUGAGAAGCAAGAAAACUUUGAAGGAGUUGUUGAAGCUGGAUUUGAAAACAAUAGAAGCUAUGGCUCCGAAUCCAUUCCGCCUUACAAGAAUUGACGUCUUAGUGUCCCUGCAGAAUCCGGAGUACUGCAAAGUGAACCGGGCAGCAAUUAAGGCAAAUCAGAGUCUCUACCGCAAAGAGGACCACGCUGUACUCAAGAGGUUCUUCAAAGCUUUGAAGCUGCACCACUCUCUUGGAAAGGCAAGCAUGAAAAAGAAUAAAGACAAGAGGACGCCGGAUAAGAAGAAUGCUGCAUCAUCACCUUCAACAGGAUCCACAUUAGCAUCUACAUCAACAACAAAGACUGAUAUUCCAGAGCUUCCGGAAAUUUUCAAGGCGAUUAUAGCUUCAUUGAAAGGAUUUGAUGUAACUUUUGUGAUGCAGAGGAAGUUAACAAAGACUGAUUUGGAGCCUAAUAACAGCCGGUUGGCGAUGCCGGAGAAGCAGAUAAACGAGGAGUGCAAGUUCUUGGCACACAAAGACGCGGAGAUUCUGAGGAUUCUUGAGGCUCGGGAUGGGAAGGGGCGGCUGAUUGGGAUGAAAGUAGGGCUCAUAGAACCGUCAGGUGAAGUGUGCCAUGAUCAGGUUCUGAAGAAGUGGAAUAUGACCUCUGCAUCAACUUAUAAUCUAGCGAGUUCUUCUUGGUGCGACAUUGCUAGGAGGAAUCAUCUCAGGAAAGAUCAUCUUCUCAACAUUUGGUGCUUCAAUGAUGCCGCCAAUAAGUUUUAUUUUCUUCUCCAUCAUGUAGGCUCUGAACCUUUUGAGCCUUGCAAUGAAAUCAAGACUUGCUAA